AGAUGAAAUAGUUCUCGAGUUCUUGUGGCAUGAGUUUAGACUUCAACUUCAGUCCACUGCCAAAGGCAUUACAUUUGAAUCUGUUAAUCUAAAAAUUGUCCCGAAUGAUGAGGGAAAGAGUGUGAAGGAUGAUGCCAUCAUUAAAGCUUGUGUUUCUUUGGGCAUAAAUCUUUAUUAUUUUGAUCCUCCAACAGAACUGUUGAACGUAGGUCGGGAAAAGGACUUCGACAAUAAAUUCACGGACAAAACAUCAUUGUGGUUUUUUUUGAAAAACCUCAGUAUCACAGUUCAUGGUAACGUAGACGAUGAUGACGCCUUGUUUGAGUUCUCUACACUAAGAGGCGAUGCUCUUAUACAAUAUAAUUCAAAUGUGGCAAAAGUUGUGCUUUUCUUUCAUGAUGCUUCAGCUAAUUUCUCGUCCACUAUUAAUGGAAAUGCUGAUUUUAUCAAUGCGCAGAAAGUUGGGCGAAGUGAAGGCUUGAUUUUAGUAUACAAGUUUGAGCAUGGAAAAUUAAAAAGUUCUCAUUGUCGUCUUAAACAUACAGAAAUUAGCAUAACCCCAGUAGCGUUAGGGUGUUUUAAGAAUUUAAUGACAAGAUAUAUAGAUGAAUAUUUGAGAAAUUCUGUUGCAAGAAAGAAAAACCAAGAAAAAGACUAUGAAGUUAACGAAGAGGACGUUGAAUUGAAAGAGAAAUUUGAGGUUACCAAUGAAGCCGAAAGUUUUUCUGUAAAGAUAUUUUCACCUGAUUGUUCAAAACACUUUGAACUAACGCUGGCCUUUAUUGGUGUUGGUUCGCCAUACGAUAAAACAAUUCAAUGGAGUAUCAGUGUUCCCUUUGAAUUGACGUUUGUUGAUGUGUUAAUUGGGAGAGAGAAGGAAUAUGCUAUUGGGUCAAAAAUAAAGUCAGAUGGAUUGAUCAAUCCUUGUGUCUUAAAAAUAGAGGGUGAAGAAAUAUCAAGGAAGACUAGUAAUUGGAAUGGUCGUUUUAACGAGGGAAUUCUUGUUGAAAUCAAACCCAAAUAUGUACAUACUAUUGAAAAUUUUAUUGAGGCUUAUGAAUUAUAUUGCAAUAGAAGAAAUUCCUGGGAGUUGUCAGAUGAUGAUUCGAACAGUUUCCUUGAUUCCUCGUCAACUGAAACUUCGUUUGACCAAGAUGAAAUUGACACAGAUCGUCCUCAAACUGCCAAGAAAAAUGCAUAUGAUAUCACCGCAAGUAUUUGUGAGAUAACAAUUGAAUUAAAAAAUGCCUUUGAUCGAGAUCUACUACAAGUUGUUAUUAUUUAUCCUGAGUUCUCAAUCUCACAAAAUGAGAAAACUAGGAGCAUUGAUUUUAAGAUCGAAGACUUGAAGGGUUACAACUGCUUUGAAAACAUUCCAUUUUUUCAUCCUACUCGAGAGACGGAGGAAAAACCAUCUUUGGCAAUUUCCAUUUUGGAGAAAAUUUCAACAUCUGCUGAUAAAUUAUCCUUCGAGAAAUUUUCUUUUGGAAGCUGUGAUACUACGGUCUUGGUUGGAGAGACUCUUCUUUUAGCUGUUUUAAAGGACUUUGGCCUUCAUAAAAAAAUACCAAAAGUAUUUUUGGGAAGCGGAGAAGAUAGGAAGAAAAGUGUGUCGCGUGCUUCAACAAAAAGAUUUCAUUUUGAUCAUUUUGAGUUACGCGAUGUUGAAGUAAUUUUAACUUUACUACCAGCGACUGAUCUUCCUGUCGAUCUUAAAAUUAUCAAAAAUAACCUGGGAAUUCCUCAUCAGCUACCUCCGAAAAUUGAAAACGCAUGCCUUCAAUUUGACGCAUUCAUUCGAAAAGAUAUACAAUACGGAUCCUAUAAGUAUAUAUCUUAUGAUAUAAAGAAUCACUACCUAAAGGAAUUUGGUAGUCAGUCUGCUCGUGUUCUUGGUUCUAUGCAUCUUCUUGGUAAUAUAUCUCGUCUAAAGCAGGAUAUAAUGUCUGGAUUUAAAACUUUACGUGAGACUGGAGAAUUUGUUACAUUCUUUCGACAAGUUACGACAGGCGUUGCUAGUUCAUACAGUAAGCUGGCUGGUUCAUGGUCGGGUUUGUUUGGUUUCAAUUCAUCUACUCAAAAUGCGAAAGAAAGUCACAUCGGUAAUGAAAGACGACAUUCUGAUCCCAGCGAUCUUGAUGUUGCUAUGAUACGUCAGCUCUCCGAAAAUGACGUGUUUGUUUCACCGACGUCUAAGGAUGAUAGUGAGGUUCUUAACGUUGAUGACGAUUAUCUGUGGAUGAAUAGCAGUAUUUUACCUGGAAUUAAUAAUGAACCUGAUGGGAUGAAUUGGGAUACAGAAAGUAGUGACGGUGAAGCAACGUUAGGGAUUCCACUGGAACUCAUUCCAAAAAAUGUUAAGCGUCAAAUAAAAGGACAGGAAUUUCUCAGACGGCUGAAGGAGAAUAUUGGUGAUAACGAGCAUGGAGAAGUGUUUUCAUGUUGUUUGAAAGUUCGUAAGACGGAUGCUGAGAAUAAACUAAAUGCGUUGUUGUCAAAUCGUAAAGUUUACUUUUUGAAAGGACGACCGUGUCACGAAUCUUUAGUACUUUGCGUCAAGUAUGAAACUUUGUACAAGGCACAGUAUAUUUUUAAAGAUAAAACACAUUAUGUUCAACUUGUCAGCAAAAUGAAAGGAAUAAAAACGUUGUCAAUACCAUCACGUAAUCCCGGAGAAAGUCCACUUGUCCGUUGUGAUGACGUCUUGGCAGCUAGAAAGAUAUCGAGCAAGAUAAAUGAACUAAAACGUGACUAUGAUCAUGAAUAUAUGCACAUCCAACAUCAAUAAAUUUAGCCGUGGUAAAUGUAAAAUUAUUUUUGUAUAUUUGCAACAUCGAUUCUAUUGUAACAAAAUGUUUAUUUAAAUAGUCAUUAAAGUCAAUAGUCAAUAAGUCAUUACAUUAUA